CUGGAGUGUUCAGUUUCACACAAGCGGCCAGCAGCAACCAUGGGUCUGCUCGAGUGGCUCCUCUGGACGAUGCUCGCGCAGGGCAGCGCGCUCGGGACCUUCCUCCUCAUGUUCAUCGCCACGAGCGCCGUCGUGCAGUUCUGCGCGUUCCGCUUCCUGCGCUUUGCGCCGCGCUGUUCGCUGGUCCCCGCCGCCUUUGUGGCGCUGCCGCCGGACGCGCAGCUCGCCCAAGUCUACGGGGCCUUCGCCAUCGGUGGCAUCGCCACUUGGGCUACUACCGUGCUCAUCGUGCACAUCUGGGACCUGCCGCCGCGCACGUACCUCGGGUUCGCGUACUCGUGCUUCACGGGUGGCACGUACGGCCUUGGCCAGUUCUUCCAGCAGUACUACCCCUAGGAGCCCUCCAAAAUACACGAAGUAGUAUGAUUAGAGACACA